AGGCUUCGCAUAUCUCUUGCGACUGCUAUUGACAUGAGUCGGAGACUUGUCAUGGGUUUGAUUCAACUCCUAGUCACGGAUCCUGCAGUUCGCCAACAAGCAAUGGUUUGACCCUCGCCAUUCGGGAAGAUGGCCAGUCCUCGCGUGUGUGCUAGCAUUUUAGGCGCGACUUCGCAUGACCUCGUCAACUUGCUUCGGGUGCCAUCAGAGAGAUUUGAUUCACAGGAUAUCGAUAGAGCUGAAGGGCCUCCAAAAAAGCGUGCCCGUCUUACAAAUGGCACCAAAGAUGGAACAUCAUCUCCUCAGCCCAAAGAUUUUGUGGUUUUGGCCUCUUUCGGAUUAGACGUGAUUUUCACAGCGGAUUCUGACAGCGCUCAAGUAUUGGAUGAUGUUGACUCAACUUCUGUCGAGGAUGAAUGGGAUGUAACGGUUCGGGCCAUCAUAGAGACGGCGCCAUCCCAAUAUGAUAUUGUUCUCGCCAACCCGACCACUGGCCGUUGCAUGACCCUCGAAGCCUUAUCGGAUACCCUGCAUCAGGAUUUUGAAGACUGGCAGAUUGCGCUUGGGUUGGGAACAAGAAUGACCUCUCGUGCACUCUCUACUUUUCGGCUUCGUGUCCCUCGGUCAGACAACAAGGGGCGACUAAAAUUACGGGCAAAGAUACUUUGGCGCAUCGCGCGGUCGCUGGGUGACUGUCCAAAGAGUGAUAGGCAGCGUCUUCUUGAACGAUAUUUUGCUACUGGGAAGCCCAAUCGAGCAAGUCAAAGGCUGCUUCAGGACUUUUAUGAGUCGGUUCACGUUCCGCCGACAGACCAAGAGGUGCAUCCUGCUGUGCAGAGCGACUUGGUCGAUUGUCAACUGUAUCCCUUCCAGAGACGGACUGUAAAUUGGCUUCUCCACCGAGAGGGGAUGGAGUUCAAUUCUUCCGGGCGGCUAACUCCGUACGAACGGCCAGAAGGCGAACUUGUUCCCCCGUCGUUCUAUAGCGCCACCGAUGCAGAAGGACGUCCGUUCCAUUUCAGCCAUCUGCUCAAUUACGUUACAGAUGAUAUUUCAAACGUUUCUUUUUCUACAUCAAACGUUCGAGGGGGAAUCUUGUCGGAGGAGAUGGGUUUGGGUAAAACCGUUGAACUAAUUUCGCUCAUAUGCCUUCACCGGAGAACAUUACCCACGCAGGAGCUCAUAUUCGAUCCCUAUUCCCACGAAUAUGUAAGACCUUCAUCCGCGACGCUCAUCAUCACGCCGCCUACUAUCUUACAGCAGUGGCAAAAGGAGUUAGCCUCUCGCGCACCAAGUUUGAAAGUGAUGGAAUAUAAGGGAGUAAAGCGGCAAUGGGCAGCUUUAGGCAAAGAAUGGUCAGAAGACACGGCAUUAGGAGCUACAGUAUCAAACGACGAGCUUGUGUCAAUCUUGAUGGAACACGAUGUCGUUUUGACGACAUACUCUGUGCUGUCAAGCGAGAUUCAUUACGCCAAUGCUCCCCUACAGCGAAACCUCCGACACUUGAAACGUUACGAGGCAAAGCGAAGUCCAUUGGUCCAAAUUUCUUGGUGGCGAGUAUGUCUCGACGAGGCACAAAUGGUCGAAAACGGCGUCAGCAACGCUGCAACUGUUGCUCGCCGCAUCCCUCGGUGCAAUGCAUGGGCCGUUACCGGAACUCCAUUGCGUAAAGACAUCAGAGACCUUCUGGGACUUUUGAUAUUUCUCAGAUAUGAGCCAUACUGCGAGACGGCCGUUUGGAAUUCGCUCGUUCAGGGUCAUAAAGAUGCCUUCCGAUCCAUUUUCGAGGCCUUGGCCUUGCGCCAUACGAAGGAUCUUGUAAGGGAUGACCUUCGCCUGCCUCCACAGACGCGUCUUGUGAUUACUGUCCCGUUCACUCAGAUUGAGGAGCAGCAUUACAGCCAUGUCUUCCAGCAGAUGUGCGACGAUUGUGGACUAGACACGGACGGAGGACCUCUCAGCGCAUCAUGGGAUCCGGAUAAUCCUACGACCAUUGAGAAGAUGAGAGGUUGGCUGCGGCGACUCCGUCAAACAUGUCUUCAUCCCGAGGUCGGCGGUAUCAAUCGAAGAGCUCUUGGCUACCAUAAUGCUCCGUUGAGGUCUGUUGGCGAAGUCUUGGAAGUAAUGAUUGACCAGAACGAUGUUGCUGUGAGGACGGAAGAGCGAUCUCACCUCAUGUCCCGUAUAAAACGAGGCCAAAUGUUCGAAAACAAGAAGGAAACUCAGAAGGCGCUAGAUAUUUGGAUGGAAGCACUUCGACAAGUUCAAGACAUUGUCGCGGAUUGCAGGGCUUCUCUCAUGAGCGAAAUGAAGAGGCAUGCGGACGUGGAAGGCAAGUCGGUUGGGACGACAAAAACGCCAAAGAGAAGUGAUUCUGAUAGCGAGGACGAGGAGGAUGAGGAUAUGCAUGAAAAAAUGGGUCGCAUUGGAGCCCACCGUUUACGGCUCCGUAGUGCACUAGAAAUUGAGCAUAUAUGCACAUUCUUUGCCGCAAAUGCUUAUUACCAGCUGAAGACGAACCCCGACCUCACGGAACCAGAUUCUGAUCGAUUCGCAGAGUUGGGAAAGACGGAAGAAGAGUUUUACGAAAAGGCCAAACUUCUUCGAAAGGAAAUCCUAUCGGAGGUACUUGGUAGGGUCAACAAACUAAUAGACCGAAUGGGAAAGCAAGCAAAGACCAAGGGAUUCACGACGAUACCGGAAAUAUUACCGUCGAUGACCUCUGGCGGUAUUGAAAAUCGAAAGGUUUUGGAGCGGCUUGAUGAACUCACCGAAUCUUUGAAUGAACAAGGAGAGCAGUUGGAUCAAUGGCGGGACAAAAUGGUCAAGCUGUUGAUUCAGCCUUUGGUCGACCAGGAAGAGGGAAUGGAGCUCCAGGGUGACGAAUAUGAAGUCUCGACGAAACAUCAAGAGGAAGUAUACGUCUACAUGGAUGCUCUUCGUGCGACAGUCGCCGAUCGCCAUGGCGCUUUGACGGGCCAGAUUAACACUCUCAUCGAAGGCGAGAUGAAGAUUGCCUUGAGUAGGGCCAAGGAAGGCGAAGGGCCGCUACCAGCCCUGCUGCAAGAAGUUCUCGCUACCCGGGCAAGAUUAGUGCCGGAAAAGUCCCUUGGAUCCAUCCGCGGUAUCCUUUCCGAAUUGCGAAAUCUUGCCACGGCGCUUCGAUGGCAGGAAGACGGUGGCAGCAGCCGUGCUACUGCGGAACUGGCGCUUGUCGAAGGAGAAAUCCAGCGCCUGCAUAAAAUAUCGAUCGCACAGACGAGGGCUUUGGCCGGCCUGGAAAAGGAAAUGGAGCUAUUUCGACAGACGAUGAACUUGCGGCUAGAUUAUUAUCGGCAACUCCAACAAAUCUCAGACACGGUGGCACCCUUUGAACCGGCGGAAGAUGAAGAUGUUGAUAAAAUAUAUUCCUCAAUGGAAGACAGCGAAAAGAAGCUUGCAAAUAAAGUCUCAUCGCUGAAAGCCAAAGGACGAUAUUUGCUUCAUCUCAGGAGCGAAUCUGACAGCAAAGAGACACAGCGGCUGUGUAUCAUUUGUCAACAAAAUUUUGAAGUCGGAGCGCUCACUGUUUGCGGCCAUCAAUACUGCAAGGAUUGUAUGCGGCUUUGGUGGGCUCAACAUCAUAGUUGUCCUAUCUGCAAGCGACAUCUCAAAUUGACGGACUUGCACAAUAUUACAUACAAGCCUCAAGACCUGCAUGUUCAGGAGGAAGCUCAAGUGGCCGACGAUGUCGAUCAGAGUGUCAAAUCCAGCCCUUCUUCCAUAUACUCAAACGUCAGCACCACAACGCUGAACCAGAUCCAGAACAUUGAUCUGACCGGGUCGUUUGGAACAAAAAUCGAUACGUUGGCGAGACAUAUUCUUUGGUUAAGGGAGCACGACCCCGGCGCCAAGUCGCUUGUCUUCUCGCAAUUCCGCGACUUUUUGCAGAUUCUUGGGCCUGCGUUUCAGCGGUUCAAAAUUGGAUACACCUCGAUAGAUAUGAAGAAUGGAAUUGAGGGUUUCAAAAACGAUCCGGCGAUUGAAUGCUUUUUGCUGCACUCUCAAGCCCAUGCUUCGGGUCUUAACCUUGUCAACGCCACCCACGUGUUUUUAUGUGAGCCUCUGAUCAACACUGCUAUUGAGCUGCAAGCCAUUGCGCGAGUACAUCGGAUCGGUCAACAGCAGCCAACAACCGUUUGGAUGUACCUAGUGAAAGAUACGGUGGAAGAAGCCAUUUAUGAUAUAUCGGUUGCCCGACGUCUUGCACACAUGGGCGGCCGAUCGAGAAGCGUGUCGGGAGCAACUACACCUGCGGUGAGUGAAAGGGAGCUAGAUGCGGCCAAUUCGUAUGAGCUGCAGCAAGCGCCGUUGAGCAAACUGCUCGGGAAGCGGGCUAGCGAGGGCGAGGUGGUUGAAAAGGAAGAUUUGUGGAAUUGCCUGUUUGGCAAGUCGCGGAGAAGAUCCAAUCUUCCCACUUCGAGUCCGCUGGCGACUGAGGUUGGCCGACACUUGCGGGCCACUGCUGCCGAAGAGCGUCGAGCAAACGGCCAACCGUGACUUUAUUUCGUAACUAUUGCAUUGGAUAUAUACGGGAGUUUGGUCUGGAUUUACCAUAUAUCAGUUGGAUACCACCUUUCAGUCAACAUUUACGGGGCGCAUGGACGUUUUUAUCAUUGGACGCCUGGCGCAUAUCGAUUUUCAGAGAGCUUUACUUUGUGCCAGG